GCUCCUUCUGCAGGGUCUGUACCCCGUCUGGCCCGUCCUGCUGCCAGCCACACCGUUCGUACAGUCACGAUUUAGCCCCCCACAGUCAGCGCAUCGACAAUGGCGUCCACAAAGGCACAGUUCAGAACGCUCGAGCGGGAGAAACGGUUCCAAAACCCGUCGAAAACGGGGUCAGACUUCCCUCUGCUCUACAACGCCGUGAAACCACAUAUUGGGUCUUUCAACGCCCUCACCGAGGGCCCCGACGGCGGUCUCCUCAACGUCGCAGUGAAAGACAUAGGCGCCAAGACGAUCUUCGACUCGAAGGACCAGGAGCGGGUCGGCCCAAACAAGCUCUGCAUCAGAGUGGACUCGGUGCAGAUCGCCAAGCCGGCAGUGCCCAUCACGGACAAGUUGUCCGUGAACAGAAACACGUACCCGAGCGAGUGUCGUGAGAGACACACCAGUUACAAGGGUCGUCUACUGCUGAAGCUUGCGUGGUCCGUCAACGACGGCGCGGAAGAGGAAGUCACCGAGAUCAGAGACGCCGGCCAGCUGCCGGUCAUGGUCUCCUCCAACAGGUGCCACCUCAAUGGCCUGCCGCCGAGCCAAUUGGUUGCCCUGAGAGAGGAGAGCGACGAGCUUGGCGGCUACUUCAUCGUCAACGGUAUCGAGAAGUUGGUGCGGAUGCUCAUUGUGCAGCGUAGAAACCACCCGAUGGCGAUCAUCAGACCAUCCUUCGCCAACAGAGGUGCCUCCUACACCCCGUACGGCGUCCAAUUGAGGUCCGCCAGACCAGACCAGUCCUCUCAGACGAACGCCCUACAUUACUUGUCCGACGGUAACGUCACCUUCAGGUUCUCGUGGCGGAAAAACGAGUACUUGGUCCCGGCCACCUUGAUCUUGAAGGCCUUGAUCGAGACGUCCGACAAGGAGAUCUUCGACGGUAUCGUCGGCUCCGACACCGACAACUCCUUCCUUACCGAUCGUUUGGAGUUGUUGUUGAGGACGUUCAAAAAGUACAAUUUGAACACAAACAAACAGUCCGUGGCGUACUUGGGUACGAAGUUCAGAGUUGUCUUUGGCGCCACCCCAGACAUGUCCGACAUCGAUGUCGGUAAAGAGGUCUUGCACAGAAUCGUUUUGGUCCACUUGGACGACAACCACGACAAGUUCAGAAUGCUCUGCUUCAUGAUCAGAAAGUUGUACUCCCUAGUCGCAGGGGAAUGCUCUCCCGACAAUCCAGAUUCCACUCAACACCAAGAAAUCUUGCUUGGAGGGUUCCUCUACGGUAUGAUCUUGAAGGAGAAGAUCGACGAAUACUUGCAGAGCAUCAAGUUGCAGAUCCAAUCCGAUAUCACCAGGGGUGUCGCCGUCAAUUUUAACGACAGAAAAUACAUGACUAGAGUGUUCAGCAGAAUAAAUGAAAACAUUGGCCAAAAGCUUCAAUACUUCCUUUCCACAGGUAACUUGGUUUCCCAGUCUGGUCUUGAUUUGCAACAAGUCAGUGGUUAUACUGUGGUUGCUGAAAAGAUUAACUUCCACAGAUUCAUCUCUCAUUUCAGAAUGGUCCACAGAGGUUCUUUCUUCGCCGAAUUGAAAACAACUACAGUGCGUAAGUUGCUUCCUGAAUCUUGGGGAUUCCUUUGUCCGGUGCAUACCCCCGAUGGUUCUCCAUGUGGGUUGCUCAACCAUUUGUCUCACAAGUGUGAGAUCACAACUGAGAAGGUCGACACCUCAAGAAUCCCUGCAGCUCUUUUCAAGUUGGGCGUCAAGCCUCCUGCCUCAGCCAUCUCUGCUGCCGGACCGGGAACUUGCUGUGUCCAAUUAGACGGUCGGAUUGUUGGUUACUGUUCCCAUGAACAAGGUAGAAUCAUUGCUGAUACUUUGAGAUAUUGGAAGGUCGAAGAUGAGAAGAAAUAUGGCAUCCCUCUAUCUUUGGAAAUAGGUUAUGUUCCCCUCACAAACCAUGGUCAAUACCCUGGUCUUUACCUCUUUGGUGGCCACUCUCGUCUGAUCAGACCAGUGAGAUAUUUGCCACUGGAUAAGAAAGAUAUCGUCGGUCCCUUCGAACAGGUGUUUAUGGAUAUUGCCGUUGUGCCUGCAGAAAUUGAAAGCAAUGUUCAUUCCCACGUGGAAUUUGCCCCAACGAACAUAUUGUCCAUCUUGGCCAACUUGACCCCUUUCUCCGACUUCAACCAAUCUCCCAGAAAUAUGUACCAGUGUCAGAUGGGUAAGCAGACCAUGGGUACCCCUGGUGUUGCGUUGACACACAGAUCAGACAACAAAUUGUACAAACUACAGGCCGGCCAAACUCCUAUUGUGAAGGCCAACUUGUACGACGACUACGGAAUGGACAACUUCCCUAACGGUACCAACGCCGUUGUCGCUGUCAUCUCUUACACAGGUUACGAUAUGGAUGAUGCGAUGAUUAUCAACAAGUCUGCAGACGAGCGUGGGUUUGCCUACGGUGUGGUUUACAAGGUCGAGAAGGUCGACUUGAGCCAACAGCGUCGUAGAAAUGAUCCAAUCACUCAACAUUUUGGUUUUGGACCAGAUGAUUCCCCAACCGAAUGGAGAAACAAACUAGACGAAGACGGAUUGCCAUACAUAGGGGUUCACGUCGAAGAAGGUGACCCUAUCUGCUGCUACUAUGAUGAAGUUCUAGGGAAAACGAAAAUCAAGACAUACCAUUCAAGCGAACCUGCAUAUAUCGAAGAAGUCAAGCUGAUAUCGGAUGAUAACGGUAACCAAGAAUGCCAGUCGAUCACAAUCAAAUACCGUGUUACCAGAUCUCCAUUGAUUGGUGACAAGUUCUCCUCUCGUCACGGUCAAAAAGGUGUUUGUUCCCGUAAAUGGCCUCAAAUCGACAUGCCCUUCUCCGAAACCGGUAUCCAGCCGGAUGUCAUCAUCAACCCGCACGCUUUCCCAUCCCGUAUGACUAUAGGUAUGUUUGUGGAGUCUCUAGCCGGUAAGGCCGGUGCUCUCCAUGGUAUUGCCCAAGAUGCUACUCCUUGGAAAUUCAGUGAGGACGAUAUACCUGCUGACUUCUUCGGUGAGCAGUUGAAGGCUGCAGGCUACAACUACCACGGUAACGAGCCUCUCUACUCCGGUGCCACCGGUGAAGAGUUGCGUGCCGACAUUUACAUUGGUGUUGUCUACUACCAACGUUUGAGACACAUGGUGAACGACAAGUUCCAGGUGCGGUCGACUGGUCCUGUGAACAGCUUGACAAUGCAACCUGUCAAAGGUCGUAAGAGACACGGUGGUAUCCGUGUCGGUGAGAUGGAGAGAGAUGCCCUCAUUGGACAUGGUACGUCGUUCUUGCUACAAGACCGUCUAUUGAAUUGUUCGGACUACACGCACACCAGCAUCUGCAGAGACUGUGGCGGCUUGUUGACCACCCAGGUGAGUGUUGCACGUAUCGGCGGAGGCGAGAGUAUGCGUUGCCGUCGUUGUUCCGUACGGGUCGAGGGCCGGGGCCACCGGUCCGACAUGGUCGAGGACGGAGAUGUAUGGGAAGACGGUACAGGCAAGAGGUUUAUUGGUGGUGGUAACACCACCACGGUGGCCGUUCCUUUCGUUUUGAAGUACUUGGAUAGUGAGCUCGCCGCCAUGGGUAUCUCCAUGCGCUACAACGUCGAGCCUAAAUAGUGUAGUCUAUUGUGAUAUCCCGUAGCGGUAUACGUAAAGAACAUUUGUAAAUAAACUUAGAAGCUAAAAACAGACGUAGAGA